AUGAAGUUGCUGGGCAACAGGAAAAGCAAGAAGCAAAAGCUGAGCUUGAAAUACAACAUCCAGAAGAGAAUCCGUGAGCACAAGCGACGGGUGAAGAAAGAAGCAAAGAAGCUGGGGCUCAAAAAGCGAGUGAGAAAGGAUCCAGGAAUUCCCAACACUUUGCCAUGGAAGGCCGAGCUGCUGGCAGACAUUGAGGCCAAGAAGGCCAAGCGCGAAGAAGAGCUCGCCAAGAAGAAGCAAGAGGCGAAGAAUAAGGUGAAGCAAGAUCGACUUGAUCAACAAAAGCAGUCACAGGAAAUGCAGCAGCAAAAGGAUGUGGAGCGGCGAAAGAAGCGAGCUGAACAGGUGUUGAUGUCCCAGCUGGAAGCGCUGCGGAAGUUGCUUUUGAAGGCCGAUGUCCUGCUUCAAACGCUGGAUGCACGAGAUCCGCUCUACUGCAGGUGCCCGGAGCUGGAAGCCUGGGUCAGAGAGACUGGGAAGCGCUUGGUCUACGUGCUGACAAAGGUGGACCUUAUCUUGCCACAGCAGGCUGCAGACUGGAUGCAGGUCCUUGGCCCACUGGGGCCGGUGGUCUGCGUGCAGGUUGAAGCUGGCGGGGAAGGAGUAGCUCAGCUUGUCCAGAUGCUGGGCUUCGGGCCCGGUGCAAAGGAAGAGCCGACUCAGCAGGUGGGCAUUCUGGGCUACGAAGGUACUGGCAAGAAGUCUCUCCUCAAGGCGCUUCGGAGAGAAGCUCCCGGGUCUACCCGAUGGCUCCUGGAAUCUGUCGGUCGAUUGCGACCUGCUGACGAUCCAGAAGGGGAAGCGGCGGCGGCUGCUAUGUUGCACAUGGCCACGCGGGGCUUGCUGGCCAGAGGUCGUGCAUCCGAAGGCCCCUCUGCAGAGCCCCUGGAUGUGGUGCGACACCUCCUCAACCGUGCUGGCGUGCCGGUGGUGAUGCGGCGGUAUCGGCUCCCGGCGUUUGACGGAGCCGAGGGGUUCCUACAGGUGUGGGCGAAGACGUACAACAUCAAGACAAAGAAGGGCAAAGCCCCAGGCGUGGAGUCUGCCGCGCAACUUUUCCUGCAGCAGCUUGCCGUGGCUCCCUGCUGCAGCUGCCUGCCACCAGCACAACUUGCUGAUGCGCAGCCCAGCCUUUGGACAGCGCACUCCUCCCGCCCUUCCAUGGAGGCGGUGAUGAAAACUCAGCUGGGCCUUCUGCGAUCGCGCGAUGGCUCCUCAAGUUCAGCUGCGCGGGGAUUGAGCUUGCCCUCGCAAGGGCUGGGGCCAGGUGUGGCGCUGAAGGAGUUAAUGGAAGAUGAUGGGGCCAGCGAGGACGACGACAUGCAAGACGGUGGUGAAGAGGGGGAGGAGGAAGAAUGGAUGGAAGGAGAUGAGGAGGAGGACCUUGAAGACGAUGCCAUGGAAGAUGACUAG